GAAAAUACAGUUUUUGUAUCCCUAUUGCUUCCUCUCAUCAAGUGUCGUACCAGAGUAGUGGUGAAAGCUUUACACGUGCUGUUUACACUUAUCUUGUUUGUCGGUGUUUUCGCGAGUGUCAUUCUGCGGCUCGAAAGCAUCUGUUCGAAGUUUUGCAGAGGAAUUUGCAUAUCUUUUAAGGUUAUUGAAGGAUACUUUUACCAUAUAGCUGCAAUGUAUCAGGUUCUUGGUAAACUUUUGAAGCUAAACUCAAGAUUUCUGUGUUCCAAAAAGUUUAUUAGUAAAUUAAAUGCAGCAGACAUUUCUUCAGAGGUCUUGCAUGCUUUUGAGAGAGACCUACCAGUUGUUGCAUUGGAAUCAACUAUAAUCACUCAUGGCAUGCCAUAUCCAAAAAAUAUGGAAACUGCUUUGGAACUUGAGGAUAUAGUGAGGAACCAGGGAGCUGUGCCUGCCACUGUUGCAAUAAUGAAAGGCCAGAUCAAAGUAGGAUUAAACAAAGAUAUGAUUGCAGAGUUGGCCUCUUCCAAAGCUGUCAAAACAUCACGUCGAGAUUUUCCAUAUGUUAUGAGCAAGAAGUUGAAUGGUGGUACAACUGUUGCAGGAACCUUAAUAGUCGCAAAAGGAGUUGGUAUUCACGUUUUUGCUACAGGUGGCAUUGGUGGAGUUCACAGAGGCGCUGAGGAAACAAUGGACGUGAGUGCUGACCUCCUAGAAAUUGGUCGUAGUCCAGUGGCCAUUGUAUGCAGUGGUGUGAAAUCUAUUCUUGACAUUGAGAAAACAUUAGAAUAUUUGGAAACACAAGGAGUAAAUGUUGUUACUUACGGCAAGAAUAAGGAUUUCCCAGCAUUUUACUCAGCCAGCAGUGGGUUUUCUUCACCAUAUAAUGCUGAAACAACAGAAGAAGCUGCCCGUAUGCUUCAUAGUCUAUUGCAGGCACAACUCAAUUCAGGAAUGUUACUUGCUGUUCCUGUACCAGAAGAAUUUGCACUUUCUGGUGAUCAUAUAGAAAAAGCUAUACAACAAUCACUACAAGAAGCAGAAAAGAAUGGUAUCAAAGGAAAAGAUGUCACACCAUAUGUGCUGGAACAAGUACGCAUUCUGACAUCAGGGAAAUCUCUUGACACAAAUAUUGCUCUUGUGAGAAAUAAUGCAAAAAUUGCUGCACAGUUGGCAGUUAACUUGAAAAAACUUUCAAGGACAAAAUGCAGACGAACAGAAGGUCCAUCAGUCCAUGGAAAGAACAUACCCUCAAAAGAGACUUCAGAUAAACAGCUGCCAUAGGACAUCACUGCAGUUCAACAGAGUGAAACAUCAAGAGUGAAACCUACAAAUAACUUUUAGCAGAAAUUAAAAUCAACACUACUGUAUUUCCUCAUACUAAAUGCAGUCAGGUGUCACUUAGCAUUUCUAACUAGCCCUCAGAAUCAGUCAUUACAUUCAAGAGCAACAGCAGUAUCCUGUUGACACAGCGUACAUUGUUAUAAAGUCAUGUCAGAAUUGAACUUACUUUUAAACAUUUUUCUUUUUUGUAAUUUCAACCUGCAUCAGUGAGAUUUUGGACUCUUUACUGGCUACCUUGUUCUUGCCUGGUUGUCAGCUGCACAUUGCUGUCAACUAGUUAUUGAGUUCACAGAUCAUUUAAUCAGCAGCAGCAACCUGUAACUUAAAUUAUGCUUUCUAUAACAAUGAAAACAAUCAAUUCUUGAUAAAAAAAUUUAAUUGGGUAGAUAAAAAAUCUACUCAUCAAGUGGCAGCAGAACACACACAUAAAAGACUGUUGUGAUUGGUAGGCUUUCGGAGCCAGUGGUUCUUUCUUCAGGCAGAAGGGUUGAAGGGGAAGGAAGAAAGGUGAAGGAAAAGGACAGGAGAGGUCUAGGAAAAGGGGUAGAUUUUGGGAAUGUCACCCAGAACCGCAGGUCAGAGGAUUUUAACCAUACGGGAUGAGAAGAAAAAUUAUGCUUUCUGCAACAUACACCAACAUCUAUGAACACAAUGGGAAACCCCCUUAUCAAGAUGGUGUUUUCUUUCUCAGCUGUCCAUAUAACUCUGGUUAAGGUAAUUUAAGACAGCCAAUAUUAACAGUCUGCCACAACUGUUUUCCUAUAGCUGUAAAUGUAUUCACCAGAAUUGUCAUAUAUCAGUGGACUAACAAUGUAACAAAAACAGUAACAUAGGCAGAAUUCAUGACAAAGCUGGCAAUAAGACUAUAAUAUGAAGAGAUCUAGCCAAUUGAUGAAGUUUGUUACAAUGAGAAUUAAUGAUAUGUUGGGGAGUUCCCACCUGAGCAAUUAAGAGCUGGUGUUAGAGGGGGAGAAUCCAGAUGUCACAGGCUGUGAAGCAGUCAUUAAAGUGAAAGACAUAAUUUUGGACAAUAUUUUAAGCAACUGUGUGGCCACAGUUUGGUGGUGGCCACUCAUGUGGAUGUAGAGCCUGUUAGUUAUCACGGCCAUUUAGAAUGCAGCACAGUGUAUGCUUUCACAUUUGGCCCAGCCUUUGAUGGGUUAGAGGACGGCAGUGCCAGGAUUGGAAUACGUGGUAGUGGGAGGAUGCAUGGGACAAAUCUGACACCUGAUUGUAUUGCAGAAAUAUGAGCUAUGAGUCAAGAGAUUAGGGGCAGUAGUAAAUUAGGGAUGGACAAGGAUAUUGCUUAUAUUGGGCAGGUGAUGGAAUACCACUGUGGGAGUGAUGGGGAGGAUAUAUCAUAUUUCAGGUCAGGAUGGGAGAUAAUCGAAACCCUGGUGGAGUAUGUCAGUCAGUUGCUUCAUUUCUGUGUGGUACUGAGUCACAAGAGGACAGCUUCUUUGUGGCUGGACUGUGAUGUAUGGGGGAUGGUAGAUGACUGGUGAGACAAGGUAUUGGAGAUAUCUCUGGACAAGUUUGGGAAGGUUAUUUCAGUCUCUGAUGCUCAUCACAGAUGUAACAGAUGUUUGAGAGGUUAUGUACAUUAGUCUAGGCAAUGCAACAAUAAUUUUCAAGCAAUAGGUAUCAGCCAACUUUUGCAAGAUGAACUAGCUUUAGAUUAUCAAGUCAUACAUUUUUUUUAACCUAGUGCCAUUCUGGAUCAGGUGAAACAGCAUGCAGAGUCACUGUGUGGGAAUUUAAUAAAGGAAGACUGGUGUUAUAGUGGGCGGGCCAGGUAAUAUAGCACCAGAGAUCCCAUGUAUUCCACAGUGUGACCAGAUAGAGGUGACAUUAGCAUCAAAUCAUACCAGUAAUGAGUCUGUACCUGUUUUUGGCUGCUAAGAUGAACCUCUUUGUGACUCUUUUUUUCAGAAGAGUUUGUUUUCAAUUGGAAAGGCUGUUUGUGUUGAGUGCAGCAACAUAUAUUGGUUUAGUUCCUAUUGAUCCUAUCAGAAGAUGAGGUUACACUGAGCAUGACCUUCACCUCAACAGUAAAGGGAAAUGAAACUGGCAGUGCUCAAGGCAAAAAACUUAAUGGGGUGGGCACUGUCAAAAGUAAUAAAAUACCCGUGUGUACAGGUGUUACGGCAGUACCUAUUUAUGAGGGAAUAUAGCACUGAAACAAACAUUCACUUUGAGAAAGUAACCAAAGAAUUCAAUUCUAGCCUACUACAAGAGUCUUCCUAAAAGUAAAGAACAUUCUGAUCUGACAAGGCAUGCUGUUCUCCCCCCACUCAUGUUGCCAUGUCGAAGAUCUUCCUAAUCAUUGGUGCAGUUAUGAUGCUAACACUGAGCAAGAACAGUUGUUUACUGUUUAUUUGUGAAUUUUAAAAAUGUAUAACAAAAUUAAUGACCCUGACAAGUGUGAGGUUUUAGUGUAAUACAGUUUGAAUAAAAAAAUGUCCACCCUAUCAAAAUUUACAUAUAGACAGUGAUAUCUGAUUAUCAAGUGCUAAUGUGCUAUAGCACACUGUAAAUAUUGCACUUAAGUGAAACCAUUUCUCUUUGAAUGCAAGCCAGAAAUCAUACAAAGAUUAUGCUAUUUCUCUUCGAAUGCAAGCCGGAAACCACAUUAAAAUUAUGCCAUUUCUCUUCAAAUGAGUGCUGGUACACUAAUGACAUGAAAAAAAAACAUGUUUUUAAAAUUAUUUAAUUGGAUAGAUAAUUUAAUUGGAAUGAUAAUUUUAUCAAUAAUUGAUUGUUUUCAUUGUUGAAAAACAUGUUUUGUAACACUCUUUCCACAAUAAGUAGAAACCAGUGUCGAGGGCAGGAAAUGAUGGCUGGCCAACUGAGAGAAGUGAAGCAAUUGUCAGUCUUUGAGUGCGCAUGCUCUGAUAUGACCUAAUAACUUCUGGCGCUAUGGGUGCUACAUUACUCACAGCAUCAGAUUAUUAGUUUUCUUUGAAGUUGUGUGUAAUGUAUUGUGCAAGUGUAGAUUUUAGAGGAGCAGUUGUUGUAAUAGUGCUGUGGCUGAGUGGUCAAUUGCCGUGAUUAGCAGUUCAUCGACACAGGUUUGACUUUUGCUGCUGCCAACAUAUUAUUUUCUUCUUUUCAUUUUGCUUUACUCCUCUCAGUGUUAAACCACUAAUUAUGAAAUUUACAUAUAUUUAAAACAGUUCAGUUUACGUAAGUAAAAUUAAUUGUUACAAUUACUACUAUAAGUCAAAAGGCUAUAGACGGUGAGUAAAAAAAAAGGGGGAAUAUAAAAGGAAAUUUAGUAUGAAAGUGUGUUUUUUUAGAUAAUUCUGCUAAAGAUGCCCUUUUACAUUAGAUCUUUGGAAGAUGAAGUGAGAUUUAAAGAGUCAGGUAGAUUUACUCAAAAUGUUCCAAAUGUAAAUGUAACAGGAAGUUGUUUAAUGGGGGUCACCAAUUUGACCCAGACCCUGUGAGUAGAAGCAGGUAGAUACCCCUUUAAAGUUUUUAUGUAUUUCACCUAGUUGGCUAUAGGAAAAUAUAAAAUGCUGUCUAAAGAUUUAUGCAUAGAGUAGAAGGGACUUCUGGCAGUAUUUAUUUUAUUCCUCACAAUGUUAA